AUGAAUGCUAAAACAAUUACCAUUCUUAGUAUUGAUGGAGGUGGAGUUAGAGGGAUCAUCCCUGCGGUUGUUCUUCAAUAUCUUGAAUCUAAACUUCAGGAAUACGAUGGCAAGAAUGCAAGGCUUGCAGACUACUUCGAUGUCAUCUCAGGUUCUAGCACUGGUGGUCUUAUUGCGGCAAUGAUAUCAACACCCAAAGACGACGACAAAAAGCGGCCUAAGUUUGAUGCCAAAGAGAUUGUGGAUUUGUACACAAACGAAUGCCAAAAUAUUUUCCCAAAGAGAGAUUUGUAUUUUAGUCUAUUACCGCGUUCGGGACCAAUCUAUAAUGGUGUGUACCUUCACCAACUGAUAAACGAUAAACUUGGCGAAAACCGUCUGAGCGAUACUCUAACAAAAGUGGUCAUUCCUGCCUACGAAGCCAAGACACUCACUCCUAUUGUCUUUUCCACUUAUCAGGUGAAUAGUGGGAAUGAGGUGUUGGAUGCCAAACUUGCAGAUAUUUGCAUUAGCACCACCGCAGCACCACUCUACUUACCAGCUUAUCAAUUCUACAACAAAGAUGUAGAAUUCAACAUGAUUGAUGGAAGCGUCGCCGCAAAUAAUCCAACUCUGGUUGCUAUUACCGAAGCCGUGAAUGCAAGGUCAAAGGUGGUUGAGCAUGAGGAGGAGCACAACUCUAUUCCUCUCAUACUCUCAUUAGGAACAGGUGUUAAAUGCAAGAGCGGGUACACCCCUGAAAAGAUUAAUAAUUGGUGGACUCUUAACUGGAUAAAUAACCCCAGCUGGAAUUUGUGGAAUGGAGAUCAUCCUAUCAUUAAUAUUUUGGGUGAUGCAAGCUCAGAUAUGGUUGACCACUACUGCACCAUGUUUUAUCAAUCCAGAAAUCAGCCUCAUAAUUUCCUCCGUAUUCAGGAUUCUGCAUUGCCAAACGACCUUGCUCCCUUCGAUAAUGGUGACCCUGACAACAUGAAGAAUCUGAAAUUUUUUGCCGAAGAAUUGCUGAAAAAGCCAGUUACACGGUCGAAUCUACCAGCAUUUGAACGUGAAAUUGUGGACCAAAAUGAGACCUACGAACAAGCACUCGAUACGUUUGCAGUAAAGCUCAUUGAUAUAAAGAAUAGUCGAGCCAAAUAA